CAGAAGCGAGCGGCGGAACACCCUCAAAUGAUGAGACAUUCAGCGACAGCAGUGAAACUUCAGAAGCGAGCGGCGGAACACCCUCAAAUGAUGAGACAUUCUGCGACAGCAGUGAAACUUCAGAAGCGAGCGGCGGAUCACCCUCAAAUGAUGAGACAUUCUGCGACAGCAGUGAAACUUCAGAAGCGAGCGGCGGAACAAAUGAUGGUCUCCAAAACGCUUCAGUCAAGACGUUACAAUAGAUAUAAGGAUCUUUUAUCAGAGAAAUCUUUAAUAUACCAACACGAAGCCCUUGCGAUCAGCAAUACAUCAAAUGUUUAUAUUGGUAUCGAACACAGCUUUGACAGUUUUGAAGCGAACAGACAUCUUUGGUUUUCAGUAGCAGACUCCUUGUCUCUAACGUUCCCAUCAAAAGAUGAUGUGUAUUUUAACACUUGGAUUCGGCGAAUUAUUCUCUUUAAGAACAGCACGAUUAACAGAAUUGACUUCACACGACUUUUUUCUCGCAUACCACUGCAACUGAUGGUUCAGGAGUUGUCUAUGACAAACGUUUUUCAAAAGAUUUUUUGGCCAUUUAGUUUUGACCAAGCGUUCAUGAAUCAAAAAUUAGCUUUAUUAGGAAUGUCUGGAAUAUCUACAAAUAAGUAUAAACAAAAAGAGCGAUUUUAUACUGAACUUGAAAAAUAUCAAACAAUCAAAAUACCUGUAGAAGAGACGAGAGUGGUUUUAAGUUUCGACCAUCCGGACUUGGUUGAAGGUCUUAAUCGCUCAGGGAUAUUGGAAAUGAGUAAAGAAUAUGUGGAUGCUGGAAAGCAUUUAUAUACAUUAGAAGAACAAGAGCAAAUUAAGUCCAACGUCCGGGCAGCCAUGGAUAUGAUCAACUCCGCUGAUCCAGAACUUUACCGCGCGAUCCACCAAGUCAUCGGUUGCAUAGCUUUCUACAAAGCUGAACAUCCAGGCUACGGUGGCGGCACCAUCAGCUCAGCUCUAGGGGUAAUCUGGCAGGAUCCUAGAGCAUACGGACAGAAGACUGUUGCCCAUUAUGCUGAACAGAUAGUACAUGAGUUCAUUCACACGUCUCUUUUCCUUGCUGACAUGGUACAUGGGACGUACAUCGACCGCAGUUUGCUCCCUCAAUUAAAGGUCUAUUCGCCUGUAAAAAAGGAACUGAGGGAUUUUGACAAAACAUUUCAUGCAUCCUACGUUACAACAGGGGUUGCCAUAUUCCAAUCGCGAGCGGGAAACUUUGAAAAGGCUAAGACAUACGCUGGAGAUCUGCGUGCCGCGGUCGAUGGUCUAAUAGCAAUUCAGAAUGAGGCUGCAGUUCUCAACGAGUCUGGGGAUGCCAUGUUACAGGCUCUAGACGAUGUUCUGACUGUGAUUAGAAAGGACUAGGGUUAAAUGAAUGUUAUGUUCUCUUAAGAAAUAUACUUAGCGUAGGGCUUUGUCUGUCUGUGCUAUAAAAAAUGUCGGACAGGAUUUUAAAUUAUAUAUUUAUAUUGACGUUUUACCAUUUCUCAUGUUUCUGCUUCUAACGUAUUACAGCACUUAUUGAUGUAUGUGAAAGUAUGUAUGCAUUUUUAUGAUUGUUUUUGCAUUUUUUCCCAAAUAUAUUUCAUAUUGUUGUUAUUAUAAGGGUAUAAAUAUCAUAUCAUAAGUAUUAGUUAUUUUAUUGUUAUGGCAUUAUUCUGCUAAUGCAACACCAUACAUAAAUAGUUUUAAUAUUACUGGAUGAUUUGAUGGACAAGCACCGAUACCAGGAUGUAACAAAAUUCCAAUCUUACCGUUAAAAGUUGAUAUUUUAGGUUUAUAUAGCUUAUUAACACUUAAUAGUAGUCAAUUUUGAGGAUAAGGCCUGCCUUGCAAUCACGUAGCAACAAUAUGUUUUGAACUGCCCGGUGUUUGGGAAGAACAUUCGCAAAAAGUACUUGCCUUCUAGUUUUUGAUGAUGAAUUCCUCGUAAAAAUAUAAAGUUGAAUAUGGCGUCCUUACAUAUCUAAGCUUUCAGUCCUUUGAUUUUAUUAAAAUGUUGCAGAUUCGUGCUGUCUUUAGAACCGUUUUUAGCUCGCUAGGAAUGUUUUAGCGUGUGACGUCUCUUUCCUUAAUUUAUUGUUUUUACUUAGGGUAAUCAUUAAGAAGAAUGUAGAAAAUAUAUGAUGUUUUUCUAUUUGUAAUGAUGUAUUCUUUGUUGUUACCAGUUUUAGUACAAUGAUGCUUUUUAUUAUGAAACUUUAUAAUUACACAGUUUUAAACCUUUUAUUAGCUGUGUGGGAUUUUCAUAGUUUCAAACCUCCAUCAUAUAUAUAAAAGGUUUUUUUGCAUUAGGUACUCUGAAUUGUAUUCCUGCGUCUGCUGAUAGAGUCAGGAUCCCUAAUCAUAGAAGUACUUGGGGUUUACCAAUAAGUUUAUUAUUACUUAUAUUAUUAUUAAGUUUCCUCAAGUUUAUGCAUAAUUUGAUAAGAUUUACUAUUAAUGUUUUUACUUGUUGGGAAAAGAGUGAGGUUGUGCACACAAACUGGUUUAAAUCCUCAGUAAAAUUACAUUUUUUCUGACAGUUCCAAGGCGGUACCUAACAAUCCUUGAUAAACACCCCUAAUUUUUAUUUAGUGUAUAUGAACUGUGUUGUUAGUGGAGUUUUGUGCUGUUAUUUCAUGUUUCUGGUAUGUGAUUGUUUUUUCUAUACCGUUGGCGUUUACCCUGUGCUUUUAAACGGGGUUUAUUUUUAAACUUUUAGCUACUGAGCUUGUUUCUGUAGUUUUUCAUAUACAUAUGGUUAAGUUCAGGUGUUAGGGGUUAGCGUUUGCGAUUUUGAUAAACUUGUUUUACACUGAUCAAUUUCAGCUGCAGUGUUUAUUUUAUCUUGCCUGUUAAUUCUUGGAUUAUAUUAAACGUUGAUUUCUUCUUCUUCAUUUGUUGAUAAUGACAAUUUCGCCCCAACAUGCUGCACAAAUUUAAGUAUGCAGAAUUUAGUUUUGAAUUCCGUGUGCAUUUCUACAAUAUGAAUUUGAUUGUGUGUAAAAAUGCUCCAGACUAUCUAGUGAGCAAUGCAUUGUAGCUUCUUGAUUAUAUUGUUUCAAAAAAUAAAGAUAUUGAAAACGAAGUGAAACAAGUAUUUGUGAAAUAUUUCUUCGCCUUAAACCAUUCCUUAUAUAGUAACAUUUAUGCGUUAAAUGCAAACAUUUGGUAUGUGAACGUCAUAGCUUUUUAAGAAUUUUGUUUUCUUUCUUAAGCAAAAGAAUAACACUUUAAUCUCACACGAACGCUUAAUAUACAGGAAAAAUUUAGUAUUGGUGUAUUGAUUUGCUAAAUGCAGAAUAACUGAAAAAUUAAAAUGAGAAUCACAUAUGACAACACACUCUACAAAUACAGUUGAAUAAAUUAUCUUUUAUUGAUCGGUUUUCAAACAAUCAUCAGUACAACUAAAUAAAGACUAAAACGGCACUAAUUACAGAAACUUUUGAUGUACUAAUUAUGCAAUGACUUACGUUACAAUUGAGAAUCCUACAUACAACAUAUUAACAUGUCAUUAUAGUUUAUACAAAUA